UUCACGAUAGAUUCCAAAAACACUAAUACGAAUUCACAGCUGUUCACAUUCAUAUAAAACUGGAUUUCACUUUCAUUCGGUUCCUCCGUCCUCGUCCGAUGAGAUUCUGACUUGAUCUUCAAAAAUCAAAACCCCGGUCACCGGUAUAUUAGUCUUUUGCAACCCUAAGAAGAAGAAGAAGAAAUCGCAUCGGUUGUUGUGAUUCAGAGAAGAUAAAAUCAACAAUCUUGAUUAUGGCUCAAGCUGUGGAAGAAUGGUACAAGCAGAUGCCCAUCAUCACCCGUUCAUAUCUCACGGCUGCUGUCGUCACGACUAUCGGUUGCUCUCUCGAUAUAAUAUCUCCUUAUCAUCUGUACUUGAACCCUAAACUGGUCGUCAAGCAGUACGAGAUCUGGCGCCUCGUCACCAAUUUUUUGUACUUCCGCAAGAUGGAUUUGGACUUCUUGUUUCACAUGUUUUUUCUUGCUCGAUACUGCAAGCUUCUUGAAGAGAAUUCCUUCAGGGGAAGAACUGCAGAUUUCUUUUACAUGCUUCUCUUUGGCGCAACUGUUUUAACUGGCAUCGUGCUUCUGGGAGGGAUGAUACCUUACCUGUCGGAAUCGUUUGCGAAAAUUAUAUUCCUUAGUAACUCACUCACAUUUAUGAUGGUUUAUGUCUGGAGCAAACAAAAUCCGUAUAUUCAUAUGAGUUUCUUGGGCCUCUUUACCUUCACAGCUGCGUACCUUCCUUGGGUGCUUCUUGGUUUUUCUGUUCUUGUUGGUGCCAGUGCGUGGGUGGACUUACUGGGAAUGAUAGCUGGUCAUGCCUACUAUUUUCUUGAAGUUGUUUACCCACUAAUGACUGGUCGUCGUCCCCUACGAACUCCAUCAUUCAUUAAAGCACUGUUUGCUGACGAGGAUGUCGUAGUAGCGCGGCCUGCAAACAUGAGAUUUGCGCCCCCUGCAGUCGAGGAAGUUCACCAAGACUAGUUUAGAUUUUUCUGACUAGUAAGGGUGGAUUAGGAAGUGUUGAUUCUGGUUUUAUUAGUUCAAGCUUGGAAACAGUGGUGGAAAUGAUUGAUAGUCUACCUGGACGCGCCAAUUGGUUUUCCUAUGUGGUCUUACCAUGUCAUAUCAAGUUUCUAUAGCACAAAUAGCCGUGAGACUUGGAGAUGAAGUUUUAUAAUUUGUCAAUAGAUGGUAUUUUGGCUAGGAUAGAUACAUGAAAAUGUAUUGUUUUUUCAAACUCUUGGAUAAUUAUACAGCCAAUGUUUUGUGUAAGUUCAGGAGCAGCCAAAUUGUGAUUUGUGAUCACCAUUCGACGUGAAAACUUAGGUACAUAAUUAAUUUUAUCUUUAGGGUUA